AUGAAGUUCUCCAUCAUCAUCGCUACCAUUGCCGUCUUCGUUGCCACCGUCUCUGCUGGUGCUGCCAAGGGUGCUAACAUCCAACAAGGAUCCCACGAUCUCGGCAAUGAAGGCCGCGUUGAGGGUUUGUUGAACAACGCCUUGAAGGCCGGUAUCCUCUCCGAUAACAGCGAAGUCGUCGGCACCAACCAGCACGCCAACUAA